AGACGCAAGUACCUGAAAAGGAAGAAACGGCAAGAACACGCUGGAACACGUCUUUGCUGUUUCAUCGUCUACUUUUCUCAAACAAUCCUCUACGCUGCAUUUGUGUGUAAAGGGAGGCGCGGCAUUAUGGACGCCACUGGCUUGUCGUCCGCAACACCAAGCAGCCGCGCCUUUGAGUCGGCUGCGGCGACGCUCACAAGAGACGACGUCGAGCGCUUCGGGCGACAAAUGCUCGUGGAGGAAAUGGGAGCCGCACACGUGGAAGAGAUCCGACGCGGUCGGGUGGUGUGUAUCGGGGCCGGCGGCCUGGGUAGCACCGUUCUCCUUUACCUCGCCGGCGCGGGUGUGGGGCACCUCACCAUCGUCGACUUUGACGAGGUGGAGCUGUCCAACCUGCACCGACAGGUGAUCCACCAAAUGGCCAGCAUUGGCCAGCCCAAAGCGGAAAGUGCGAAGGCGGCGUGUCUGCGUCUCUUCCCCGCUGCCAACGUCGAGGCGCUCACCACCGCCCUCACGCCGGCCAACGCAGAACGCAUCUUCCGCGACUGCGACGUGGUGGUGGACGGGACGGACAAUGUGGCUGCGCGCUACUUGAUCAACGACGCUGCGAUGCGUUGUCGCAAGCCGCUCGUGAGCGGGAGUGCCAUUGGCUGGGAUGGGCAGUUGUCUGUCUACGGCUAUCGGGACGGCCCGUGCUACCGCUGCCUUUUUCCGCUGCCACCCCCGAAGGAGGCGGUCGGCAGCUGCAAUGACAGCGGGGUGAUGGGCCCACUGCCGGGCAUGAUCGGGUGCUUGCAGGCGCUAGAAACGCUGAAGGUGCUCACCGGUGUCGGUGAGGCGCUGAAUGGCCGCUUGUUUGUCUUCAACGGGCUGCGCUUCACUUCGCGGGUGGUGCAGCUGCGUGGGAAGCAGCCGCAGUGCACCGCGUGCAGCCCGUCAGCGCUGGCAGAGACGACGCUGCUGACGGAGCUCGCCGCGUCGCGUCGGCCCGAAUACGUCGGCGCCGGCUGCGCAGCGGUGCCGGGGCCGCUCUCUCCAUCCACCUCGUGCACGGUGGAAGACUUCGCAGCGCAAAGGCGCGCCGCCGCCUCAGCAACCCUCACGCUGGAUGUGCGAGCGGGUGUGCAGUACGACAUGGCGCACCUGCCGCAUUCUAUAUGUGUGCCGUAUGAAAGGCUGCUGCAGUGGGAGCGGGCCGGAACGUUGCUCGCGCAACUGGACGAGUUGCUGCACGAUGCCGUGAAGACGACGGGCACGACGGACAACACGGAAGCGUCCCGCACGGCUCCUGUGCCCGUUUUCGUGGUGUGCCGGCGCGGAAUCAAUUCGGUCAAGGCGGUGAAGCUCAUUGAGCGCGCGCUGGAUAGCGUGGAUGAGCAUCAGGAUACGCAACAUGUUGCAAGCCUGAUGCACACGUUUGUCUUCAAGAACGUUGAGGGUGGACUGAACGCUUAUCACCGCAAGGUAGACCGCGAGUUUCCCUUCUAUUAA